AUGUCUACCAUACCCACAUUGACGUUGAACGACGGUAUCAAAAUACCCAGGAUCGGAUAUGGUUUAGGUACCGCAAAUUAUGGGAGUGAAUGUGCUUCUCAAGUGGUAUCAGCCCUCAAAACGGGUUACAAUUAUAUCGAUUGUGCUCAGAUGUACGCCAAUUCCAAGAGUUUCGGAGAAGGUUUUGAGAAAUUCGGAGGAAAGAGAGAAGAUGUUUUUGUAGUUCAGAAAUGCGGUAAAAACGGUACGGAGAGUCAUCCUAGAAAGAUAUUGGAGGGUCUGCUCAAAGAUAUGAAAACCGAUUAUGUCGAUCUAUACCUCCUUCAUUCUCCUCUCCUUACUAAACCCCUUUCCCUCUCCGAAGCGUGGAAAGUGAUGGAAGAGCUCAAAGAAGAGGGUCUAGCGAGAUCGAUCGGAGUAAGCAAUUUCCGUGAAGAGGAUAUCCUGGACAUUGAGAAGACCUGGAAGGUAGCUCCGAGUGUCAAUCAGAUCGAAUACCAUCCAUACAAUUUCCAUGCACCCAAUGUUCAAAGACUUCUAGGUGUAAUGAAGAAGCACUCCAUCCAUGUCGAAGCUUAUGGUCCUCUCACUUCUUUGACUGGUGCGAAGGGUGGUCCAGUCGAUGAAGUGGUCCAAGAAAUUGCCAAAUCAAAGGGUAUAGAGGAGUCUCAAGUAUUGUUAAAUUGGGCAUUACAAACUACUGGUGGUGUCGUCGUAACUACAUCGACUAAUGAGCAGAGACAGAAACUUCAACUUGAAGCUGUUACCAAGGAUAUCACUUUGACUGAAGAUGAGAUUAACAGAAUCUCGGAAGCUGGGAGAAAGAAAUUCUUUAGAUAUAGGAUGACAGAUGUAUGGGACGCUGCUAAGCCCUAG